AUGGAAGAUCCCCAACUGGAAAUCCGCGACGUCCUCCGCCUUAUAGUCUCCUCGCCUUCCGCAGAUGAUCAAGCGGCCGCUGUGAAAAAGUACUUCAUUCACAACGCAGGCUUCAAUCACCCUCUCUUCCACAUCGAACCAGGCCCGUCAUCGAGGUCGACCAUCCUCGGCGUUUACCAGUAUGGUUGCUCACCGUUCGUAGAGCGUCUCGACUCUCAACAGUCUUUUUGUCCUAAAGAGUCUUUGAGACUAGAAAACAGCCCAGGAUUUUGA